UGUACGCCGCCAGCCGCGCCAUAGAAAAACCGGAAGUGAUGCAGGAAUUGACGCGCGCGCAGGGAAUCUGGGAACGCGCAGGGAAAACGGGAGAUUUAAAUCGAGCCUCCUCGGCAAUGGCUGCAGAAGGAAACCCAGAUCCUGAAUCCAGAGAUCAGGGUUUGGAAGCAGAGCUUGUGUCUUUGAGAUCACAAGCUGAGGCGCUGCGACAGGAGCUGAAGACAUGUAAGGAUGAACUUCAGAACUUACAGAAACAGCUCAGCCAAAGCGAACGACUCCAGAAGACGACAGAAAGCUACAACCAAGAUCUCAGGCAGCAGGUUGAUAAACUGAGUGCAGAAAUCCAUGAGCGAAAGAAGAGAGAGAGGGAGAAAGCAGAUGCUGAGACUCAGACGGAGGAGUAUACAUGGACGGAGACAGAUUAUUAUAAUUAUUACUAUGGCGGAUACUACCAGUCAGGAACGGAGACCACAGCAGAAGCACAGGAGAAUGUUGUCAUGGAAACUCAAGGAUAUUGUGAACACACUGAGGAGCAUCAUGUGCCAGCUGAGACGGCACCAGCCAAUCCUGAGCUACCAAACGAAACAAGUGAUCUUCCACAAACAGAGGAGGCCUCUGGAGAAGGCGGCUCUAUAGCCGACAUGCUGAGAACAACAGCAGAGGAAGCAUUGAACCAGACCAACUUUGUGUUUGAUGAAAGUUCCGGCAUGUACUACGACCACAGCACUGGAUUUUACUACGACUCUUCCAGUCAGCUGUACUAUGAUGCUAACACAGGCAUGUACUAUUACUUCGACCCAGAGAGCGGAAAAUACCAAUUCCACUCUAGGAUAGAGGUGCCUACAGCACAUCCCGAAGUGGAGCAGACGCCACAGAGGAAGACCAAAGAUUGGAAAAACAGGAAGUCGGUGAAGAACACCGAUAGAGCUUCCUGUCCCGACGGAGGGGUUCAGGAUUUGACUUGCUCAUUGGCUCAGUUGAAGAUAGACCAUUUGAGGCAGGUUGGAGUGAGAGGUACGGUCUUUAAUAGCUAUAAAGUUACACAGAGUUUUAGUAUUUUUCCCCCAAAUGGUCGUAACAAGUCAUUCAGUGAAAUUUUUUUUGUUUGUUUUUUAAUUUUGAUGUUUUUAUUCACUACUAAAUAUAAUACUGUUCAGGUGAGCGGUGAGAGCGAGCCGGAGGAGGGUGAGAUCACAGAAUCAGAUGGAGAGAAAGAACUUUCUUCAGCGUCAUCUUCAUCCUCGUCUGCAUCUCCUGUCCAAGCAGAACAUGACAGUCCUGAGAGAGAAAUGGAAACGCAGAUGCUGGAAGAAGCCUGGCCACCGUGUGUUCGGGUAACUGUGGUUCGCUCUCCUGUGUUGCAGACGGGAACGCUUUUCAUCCUCACGGCUGAUACAGUCGCCACCAUCGGCCGAGAGAAAGACAUGAAUCAUGCCAUCAGAAUCCCCGAGAUGGGAGUCAGUAAGUCCCAUGCAGAAGUUUAUUUUGACCAGGAGCAGCAGUGUUAUAUGCUGAUAGAUCAAGGAAGUCAGAAUGGCACCGUCCUCAACGGAAACCGAAUACUGCAGCCCAAAGUUCGCUGUGACCCUUGCCCUCUGACCCACGGAGAUGAAGUAAAGAUGGGAGAAACUGUUUUGUCUUUCCACAUUCACAUGGGAACAGACACAUGUGACGGCUGUGAACCAGGACAGAUCAUCGCACACCUGAGCCGCCAUAAGAAAGACGACACCUCCGGAACUGUUCUCAGUAAAGAGGACAAGGAAGUUCAACGACAGAAAGAACUGAAGAUGAUGAAGGUUAAAUAUGGUCUUAAAAGCAGUGAUUAUGAGGAGCAGAAAGCCCUGAAAAAGAGCAGGUAUAAAGAUAGAGCAGAAAACCGCCGGCAGACAGUCGGCAGCGAGGCAACGUUCCAGAGAGAUGAUGCUCCUGCUUCUGUUCAUGUUGAAAUCGGAGAUGAGAAUAAGGGUAGACAGAUGCUGGAGAAGAUGGGCUGGAAACGAGGAGAAGGGCUCGGCAAGGACGGAGCUGGAAUGAAGGAUCCGAUUCAGCUGCAUGUGCGCAAGGCUCAGUCCGGUCUCGGUUCUGGAGCUGCCGUGUCGAUAGAAGACGCUUCGCUCACUAAAACCAAAACCCAGCGGAACUGGGAACGUGCGCGGGAACGGUUCUCUGACGCCUGCCAGGCUGACUCCGCCCAUCCUGAAACCAGCCAAUCACCUAAAGCCUGGGUCAAAAGUGAGGGCACAGAGUGACUUCUUUGACUCUGAUGCCAGACAUGGCCAUUAUUUGGCUACCUUUUCUAGUAAUUUCAGUGGAAGACCUUUUUCUUAUGAGGUUUGUAAAUAGAUGCAAGUUUGUUUUAAAGAUUGCUGGUCAGAGAGUUUUUUUUUUUUUUUAUAUUUACAGUGAGAUUCAGAAACAGAAUAUCUUUGACAAAUAAACAAUAAAAAAACAGUACAUGC